UUGACCGCUGACACCGUUAUAGUGGUCGAUGUGUUGUUACAUGUGAAGAAAACUAAAGAUGACGAAGCAGACACGAACGUGCCUUGUCCGCCUGGAGAGUCAGGUGAUGUAGAGGUAGUACCGAUUCUACACACGUUAAUAUAUCAGAUAAGUUCGUUGCGUGUGUACUACCCUAAAGAUCUGCGGCCGCCCGACAACAGGAAGUCAGUGUUGAAAACUAUAGGAGAGGUCAAGAAACGGUUCCCUGAAGGACCGCCGCUACUGAAUCCAAUCAAAGACAUGAAAAUAGAGGACCCUGUGUUCAAAGAAUGCGUCGAAAGAAUCAAACUACUAGAAGAAAGAUUAUACUCUCAUCCCCUCCACAACGACAAAAACCGCGGCGCUCUGACAGCGGCUUACGACGCGAAACAAGAAAUAUAUGAAGAAUUGACGACCGCUAAAACAGAAUUGAGAAAGGCAAAGAGUAUACUACAGAUGGACGAACUUAAGAAACGAAAACGAGUGUUGAGACGACUCGGAUACUGUACACUGUCUGAUGUUAUAGAAAUGAAGGGCAGGAUAGCGUGCGAACUCAGCAGUGCGGACGAGCUGCUUCUAACGGAACUGAUCUUCAACGGUGUGUUUAACAAUCUGUCCGCGGAGCAGAGCGCGGCGCUAGUGAGCUGCUUCGUGUGUGACGAGAACAGUACGCAGACCUCCGCCACCGGCGAGGAGCUGAGGGGCGUCCUCAGACAACUACAGGAAUACGCGCGUAGAAUAGCAAAAGUAUCGAUAGAUGCGAAGAUGGAUCUCGAUGAGGAUGAGUACGUCGGCAAAUUCAAAUGUACCCUCAUGGAUGUAGUACUGGCGUGGGCCAAGGGCGCCUCCUUCCUACAGAUAUGCAAGAUGACUGACGUCUUUGAAGGUUCAAUAAUUCGUUGUAUGCGUCGUCUUGAGGAGGUUCUCCGUCAGUUGUGUCAGGCUGCCAAGAACAUCGGGAACACGGACUUGGAGAACAAGUUCAGCGACGCCAUCAAGAUGUUGAAGAGAGACAUCGUGUUCGCGGCCAGUCUUUAUAUGUAG